GGAACAAUUAUGUAAGAACAACUUUGUGUUUUCAAAGGAUGACCUGGACAACCAUGGGAUUGAUGUCAGAGACGCGUCAUUGCACUCUGGCAUAUUCACUGAAAUCAGUCAGGAAGACGGCGUCUUUUUUGAGCGUAAAAUGUACUGCUUUGUUCAUCCCAUCAUCCAAGAAUUCUUCGCCGCUCUCUAUGUACUUCAUACAUAUACAAUUUCGAACAUAAAUGAGUUUAAGUUUUUACUCAGACGCAGGUUUAAAAGUGUACCUCCAAAGGUACCGCUGCAUGAGAUUUUGAACGGUGCUGUAGAUGAAGCUUUGGAAAGUGCUAAUGGACACUUGGACCUUUUCCUCCGCUUCCUCCUGGGAUUGUCGGUAGACUCCAAUCAGGAACUCUUAUGUGGUCUCCUGCCGCACAAAGUACCUAGUUCAAACAGUAUCAAGGAAACGUGUCAGACCAUCCGGGAGAAGUUCAAUGAGAAUCUUCCUCCUGAAAGAUGCAUUAAUCUGUUCCACUGCUUACUAGAAAUGAAAAACAACACCCUAUACAAAGAAAUUCAGGAAUAUGUGACUUCUGGCGGUAUAGACCUCUCCCCAGCCCACUGCUCAGCAUUGGCCUCCAUGCUCUUGAUGUCAGAGGAAGCGCUGGAGGAGUUUGAUCUCAGGAAAUACAAAACGUCAGAAGAGGGCCACAGAAGACUGGUUCCUGUGGUGAAAUGGUGCAAAAAAGCAUUGCUCACAUGGUGUAAACUCACAGAUGUCUCGUGCAGAACAGUUGCCCCAGCUCUACGGGCAAGAACUUCACACCUGACAGUAUUGGACCUCAGUUGCAAUGAUCUUCUUGAUUCAGGGGUGAAACUGCUUUCUGAAGGACUACUUUCUCCACAUUGCAGACUGGAAGUAUUGAGACUUGCUGGCUGCGUACUGAGAGAAAAAUCCUGCAAGAGUCUUGUACCAGCUCUCAAGUCAGAAAGCAAUCAUUUACUCGAAUUGGAUCUAAGUGGGAAUGACCUGAGUGAUGUGGGAAUUCAGCAACUUUCGUUCGGACUCGUGAGUCAGAACUGCAAAUUGAAAUCCCUGAGGCUCUCAGGCUGUCUCGUGUCAGAGCAGGGUUGUGGCUUCUUGGCUACCGCGCUAACAUCAAAUCCUACCCAUCUGAAAGAGCUGGAUCUGAGCUACAACCAUCCUGGGGAGGACGGAAUAAGACGGCUAUUAGCGUUACCGUGCAAGCUGGAGAAACUGGAUGACAGUUAUGGUGGUGAGAGCCGGUUAAAACAAGGACUGAGGAAAUAUGCCUGUGAACUCACACUGGAUCCCAACACCGCUCACCAAAACCUCAGUAUUUCUGAAGAUAACAAAAUGGUGGCACAUGUUCCUAGAAAAAUAAGCUAUCCUACUCACCCAGACAGAUUUGAGUACCUUGAACAGGUGCUCUGCAAAGAAGCGAUAUCUGGACGGUGCUAUUGGGAGGUUAAAUGGACAAAGUCAUUUGCUGGGGUGCGUGUGGGUGUAGCAUACAAAGGAAUUGAAAGGAAAGGAUGGAAGUGUGACAGUAGACUUGGAGAGAAUACGAUUUCUUGGAGUAUGACUUUAGCUAAGGACCAGGCCACUGCCUGGCACAAUAACCAACAGACUGCCAGACCAGCAGCACAUCAUGCUGAAUCUUCCAAUACUGUAGGAAUCUACCUGGAUUCGGUAGCUGGUACUUUAUCAUUUUAUACUGUUGACGGUGACAAAUUAGUCCACCUGCAUACAUUCCAUGACCAGUUCACUGAGCCUCUUUAUCCUGGGUUUAGAGUUUGUUUUGGAACAUCAGUGUCCCUCUGCCCGAUUGCUUAGCCUUCUCUGUGUUGUCUGAUAUGCUGGGGUUCUCUUACAUACAGAAUUGUGGUGUGUUUCCAAGAGCCUUCCUAAUGCUAUGUCAUUUGUAAGUUAUACCGUAAGCUGUACAUAAACUUUUUGAUGCGUUUCCCAGCGCAAUCUUAGCUAAGAAAUACUUUCUUUUAAGAGAUACUUUUGUAAGAUUGGUCUUGACCACUCUUAGCUUUACCUUAAGACAUUUUUCAGAUUAAACAAAUGUUUUGGAGUGUAAAACUGUUGUCAGUGUCAUGCUUUGACUGCGA